GUCGUUUCCUUGUCGGUGUGUAAUACUCAUUGUCAGUCUCAAGUCUAUAAAGAAUAAAAUGCAACAAGAUCGCAAAAAGAUUGUUGUAACAGCAGUAUCGCUUAUAGUGCAAGAAUUAGAGUUUUCAUCGUCUGAAAGCGAUGAUGAAGAAUUACAAUUAAUUGGAAGAAACCCAAGAAGAACUGUAACAAGAAUAGAAAAUUAUGUAGAAGAGUUAAUACCAAAAUUGACAAAAAAAGAAUUUAAAGCCCAUUUCAGGAUGUUACCUGAAACUUGCAAUUACAUUCUGUCUCGUAUUGAGCACAGACUACACAGAAUAACAAAUGGAACCCCUAUGAUUUCUCCGCGAACGCAAUUCUUGUUGGCCUUAUGGAGGAUGGCUACCCCAGAUUCCUUUCG